AUGCUUGAGAAAAAGAAGAUUAAUAUAGCCUGUGUGAAGAAGACUAGGUGGGUAGGAGAUAAGGCGCGAAAUGUGGACAAGUUCAAACUAUGGUAUUCUGGGAGGGUGGGGGGAAGGAACCGGGUGGGUAUAUUGGUUGAUAAGGACCUCCGUGAAGUAGUGGUGGAGGUUAGAAGGGUGAAUGACAGGCUGAUGAGUAUUAAGCUAGUUGUUGGAGGUUUUACUUUGAACAUAAUCAGUGCGUACGCACCCCAAACAGGCUUGGAUGAGGAAGUCAAAAGGCGUUUCUGGGAGGAGGAAAUUUCAACGGGCACAUUGGAGAGACGUCUGGGGGAGUAUGAUAAUGUGCAUGGUGGCUUUGGUUUUGGAAAUAAAAACGGAGGAGGAAUGUCUCUGCUGGACUUUUCUAGAGCAUUUGAGUUGGUGAUAGCAAACUCGAGUUUUCCGAAGAAGAAGGAACACUUGGUCACCUUCCGGAGUUCGCUGGCCGAGACUCAGAUUGAUUAUUUACUCUACAGGAAGUUCGAUAGAGGUGUUUUAACGGAUUGUAAGGUCAUCUCGAGUGAGAACCUCUCGACCCUUCAUAGGCUCCUGGUCAUGAACCUUGAGAUCACGAGGAAGAGGAGGAAGAGGGCGAUGUAUAGCCAAAAUAAGAUUAAGUGGGGAGCCUUGACGGAAGCUAAAGCGUAA